AUGAAAAUAGAAACAACACACACACUUUCCCCCUCCUCCUCCUCCUCCUCCUCCUCCUCCUCCUCCCCGCCGUCCCAUUCGUUGUCACCAGACUGGCAGGGUGAGCCAGCUCACUCUGGCAGCCUGGAAUGUUCGUUCCCUUUUAGACAAUCCGAGGAGCAACCGACCGGAGCGGAGGACGGCGCUAGUGGCACGAGAACUGGCGCGCUACAAGGUGGACAUCGUCGCACCCAGCGAGACCCGACUCUCCGAACAAGGCCAACUGGAGGAGGUGGGUGCCGGCUACACCUUCUUCUGGAGCGGUCGACCCAGGGCAGAGCGACGGGACGCGGGUGUCGCCUUCGCCAUUCGGAACGACAUCGUAGGACGACUGCCCUGUUUACCGCAGGGCAUCAACGAUCGCCUGAUGAGCCUCCGCCUGCCUCUCUGGGGAGGCAAAUUCGCCACCAUAAUCAGUGCCUACGUUCCGCCGAUGACCAUCCUUGACGCCGCAAGGAACAAAUUCUACGGCGACCUGCAUGCUCUCCUGGAGACUCUGUCGAGAGCGGAUAAGUUGAUUGUCCUUGGUGACUUCAACACCCCCGUCGGCACAGACCAUGCAGCCUUGGGAAGUGUGUUAGGUACCCAUGGUCGAAGGCUCCAAUGACAAGGGCCUACUCUUUCUACGAAGUUGCGCAGAACACCGGCUCACCCUGACCAACACAUUAUUCUGCCUCCCGAUGCGAGAGAAGGGCACCUGGAGGCAUCCUCGGUCGCGCCAGUGGCACCUCCUGGACUGUGUCCUCGUCCGGAGGCGAGACCAGCGGGACAUGCCGGUGACAAAGGCAAUCACGGGUACCGACGCGUGGACCGACCAUCGCCUCGUCAUCUUGAAGUUGCGGAUUCUCGACAGCCACGCAGGAGACCUCAAGGUAAGUGACCUCCCGGUAAGCCGAAUAUUGCCUUGUUGCCUUUGCCCGCUCACCAUCGUCAUUUAAACAGCGAGCUAGCUCAACGGCUAGACAACCUUCCAGUCGCCGCCGCCGUUGAUGAGAACACCUCCGUGGAGAACCGUUGGCGUCAACUGCGGGACACAGUCCAGUCGACGGCGCUGGCCGUCCUCGGUCGCGCACACCGCCAAUACCAGGACUGGUUUGAUGAAAACGACGCCGCCAUCAACAACCUACUUGCCGAGAAGAACCGUCUGCAAAAAGCCUACGUCGACCACCCCACUGACGACAACAGUGCUGCUUUCUACCGUAGUCGCCGCCCUGUGCAAAAGCGGUUCCGGGAGGUGCAGGACAUUUGGACGGCUCGCAAGCCGAGGAGAUUUAAGGGUGCGCGGACCGCAACGAAUGGAAGAGCUUCUUCUCGACGAUCAAAGCUGUCCACGGUCCGCCAACCAAAGGUACUGCACCUCUUCUCAGCGCCGACCCAGUGUCUGGAGCAACAACCUACACUCGUCGCAUCCGCCUCCACUGUCCACACUGCACUCGCGCAUUUAUUCACCGCAUGGGCCUAUUAG